AUGUCAGAUUACUCUGGCGUACCGCUCGUCAUGAUUACACCGUCAUACCAACAUUUCGUCGAUUAUCGUGUUCGAGCGAACCCAUGUGUUUCACGUCUUUCAAACUACCUUCAACAUGGCUAUGCUGGCCAAAGCAAGAUUACAUAUCUUGACUACACCAAUCAAUCCUUGGAGCCAAGACGCAUUGAUGUCCCCGAACGCGAGAUUUCCCAGCUUUUGAAGACGUCGCCGCCAGUUUCGACACGAUUUAUCUUUGUUGAGAAUGUUUCGCCCGGUCUCAUAAUACUCCUUGGAGAGAAGCUAGAUAUCGACCCUUUGUUCUUCGCAGACUAUAUCCAUGCUGCUUUCGCGAGUCCAGAGAAAACAUCACCGCCUCCGUCACUAGCAAACCUCUCGUCAUCCAUAGCAACAAGGGAUCAUAUUCAUCUUCACUGCCAGAAGGUCAUUGCGCUCGAAGGACCGGACGAUGAGCUGAGAUACUGUUGCAGAUCUGAAGUGCUUGGGUUGUAA